CGCCUCCCGACCACUCGGGGUGGCGUCGGACUCCGAACGACACUACGACCGCGCGCGUGAGCAGCGGUUGGCGCUUGGGCAGCAUGCCGCGCACCAGCGCAGUUAUGCUGGUGCUAGCGGCUUUUCUGUUGGCAGACCAGUGCUCUUAUGCUUCAUACAUUGAUCCAGGUGACGAUGAUAUCGAAAUAACUGGAUCCGAUUACGAUGAAGACCCGACUGACCUUCAACUGUUGCAAGAUGUUGGCAAACGUUCGUCGCUGAUCUACGUUUUCAGGCGUGCGUGUAUUCGGCGGGGAGGGAACUGCGACCAUCGGCCAGGCGACUGUUGCCACUCCUCCUCUUGCCGCUGCAAUCUAUGGGGGUCCAAUUGCCGCUGCCAGCGCAUGGGCCUCUUCCAGAAAUGGGGGUGAAACAAUCCUAAUAAUUGCAGCGGCGUAACCACCACCGAGUAUCGCCGCACCAAACGACCAUAGCGUUUUAUCACGGACCCGUUGCGUUAAUAGCUUCUAUCUUUAACUUCUCUUUCACUUGAUAUCUUUCAUAACUAAACAUUUUAAAUCGAAAACAGGGAUGUAGAUUUAGUUCGGAUAUAUUUUUGGACCAUUUUUACUAAAUUUGUAGUUCUUGUCUAAAAAAAUUAAUUUUAUUACGUUAAAUUUACUGUCUCUUUUCAAUAUAUUAUUUUGUCUAAUUGAGCCGAGUGUCCGCUUACAUGGUUGGGCAAUCACCCAGCCUUAUUGCCCAAUCAGUACGCUUCGACGCUAUGCUCGGCCAAUUAGAAACCGAUACUGCUUGUAGCACUGGAUUCUUGGGCAAUCUUAUUAUGUUCUAUUUUCAUUUCUACCAACGAACCCAUCGCAACGAAGCAGUCUUUAUUCUAUUGCAAUGUAUGUAUGUAGAGUUAAGUAAGCUUAAAGUAGAGAGCAGUAGCUAAUUGGUGGUAAACUUAUGUCAAUAGGAAGUAGAAAAACUACAGAUUAGAAAAAUAUAAAUGUAACUUUUAAAAUAAAUGUUCUAGUCAUUUAAGAGACAAUCGGUAAAAAGAAACUUGGUGAAGGACGCUAUUAUAAGCCUAUAUAUGACAUAACGCGACUUAUUUGCGAUUGGCAACUUAGUGUUUUAAAAUACUUAUUAAUGUGUCAAAAUAUAAUUCUUAUAUAAUAAAUAAAACGAAUCUUUAAUGUACUCUAUGCGUCUCUCAGACAGGGGACAUGGUAUUGCAGCCUAGUAGAAUCAUCUAUAUGUAGUUUCUUAUAUAAUAUACAUUCCUGAUAAUGGAAUAUAAUUGUAU